ACAUCUUGAGUAGUUUAGUAGCCAGUCUAUGGCAACAUUAGAGGAGAAAGCAGAGGAGGCGUGUGUUAAGUGAGAGUAAAAGUGCACACAUCGCUCUGCUUUAGUGUGGAAUAGGUGUACCAGUGUGUACGUGUACAUGCAGUAUACAUGCAUUGGGAGUUCGGGGUGUAGACUCUUUCUGAUCGUGAGAGCAGGGGAGUUGGAAAGAGUUUGUUUUGCGGGACAGCUGGGAAUGGCCAACCUCGGUGGUACCUUUGGAAGCAUCUGACUGACAAUGGCGGAGGAGGCUAUCUGUUGCACUUUGGUGAAUUGCAACUGCGUCAACUUCAAGCCUGGGAAGUUGAAGCGACGACAGUGUGAACACUGCAAGCAUGGCUGGGUUGCACAUGCUCUCAGCAAGCUGAAGGUGCACCAAAUGUACCAGAGCAGCCAGGUGGAGAUUGUGCAUUCCAACGUGGUGUUUGACAUCUGCAGCUUGAUGCUGUAUGGUACCCAAGCUAUUCCCAUCCGCCUCAAGAUCCUUCUGGACCGCCUUUUCUCUGUCCUCAAACAGGAAGAGGUUAUCCAAAUCCUCAAUGCACUCGAUUGGACAUUGCAGGACUUCAUACGAGGAUAUGUACUUCAGGAUGUGGCGGGGAAAGUGUUGGAUCGUUGGGCCAUCAUGACAUUUGAGGAGGAGAUUGCUACCUUGCAGCAGUUCCUGCGGUUUGGUGAAACAAAGUCCAUAGUGGAGCUCAUGGCUCUGCAAGACAAGGAGGGACAAUCAGUGUUAGUUCCCAGCACUCGCACCAACUCAGAUAUCCGGACUUUCAUUGAGCGUAACACCCCUUGCACGGCCGCCAACUUGUCUCCAAACAAAACAGAGAAGCUGAGCAGCAGCAGCAUGCACCACUUUGAGAACUUCAUAAACAGCAUGGCCUUCAUGCUGCCUUUCCAGCUGUUAGGCUCUGUUCCAGCUCCAAUACUUGGCUCACGCCCGCAGCUUCACCAACAACACCGACAGUCUUUUCGAAGGUUGGUCCAGCCUCAGAGCGAGAGGCAAGAUCAUCAAAAGCCAGACUGUGCACUAACGGAGAACCACCUUCAUAUUCCCCUUCCUACGGAAAAUAGCCAUGUAUGUUCCAGAUCUGUGAUAUUCCCUGAGGAUUUGGACCAAGGUGGAGACAAACCACUGGACAGUCUUUCAUCUACUACAAAGAUUGAGGCAGAAGAUUUCUCUAACAGUGACAACUACUCUGAUGGACCCCUUACACCUUGCACACCCUCCAUGAGCUCUGAUGUGACACAAAUGUCCCCUGAGGUGACGCAGCGCAACGGGAACAGUGGGGGUGUGAACUCUGUAGGAAAUGGGGUUGUAGGAUCUCUAAAAAAGGGACGUGUGUAUUGCAAUGCCUGUGAGAAGACCUUCUACGACAAAGGCACGUUGAAAAUCCAUUACAAUGCAGUGCACUUAAAGAUUAAGCACAAGUGUACAAUAGAAGGAUGUAACAUGGUGUUCAGCUCACUGCGCAGUCGCAACCGCCACAGUGCAAACCCUAACCCACGACUUCACAUGCCCAUGAAUCGUAACAACAGGGACAAAGACUUACGAGGCAACUUGUCUGCCGAUGAGGGCUCUCCAAGGGAGAGCAAGCCCGAAUAUGGCUCACCCAUCCCGAUCUGUUCUGCUGAAAGUCACAAGUCGGUUCCAAGCUACAUGGUCAGUCAAGUGGACACAUGCCCUAAGAUUCACACCAGCUCAUUCCCCAGCAUAGGCCAGGGUGGCAUUCUCUUCCCCAAUUUGAAGACAGUACAGCCAGUCCUGCCUUUCUAUCGUAGCCUUGUCACACCAGCAGAGCUGGCCAACACCCCAGGCACUCUCCCGUCACUCCCUCUCCUGCCGUCUUCUGUGUCUGUCAAACCUACCACUCUUCCUGACAUCUGCAACGCCGAACCAAUACCAAAGAAAAAGUCUCGAAAGUCAAGCAUGCCAAUAAAGAUAGAGAAGGAGAUGAUGGAGCGAGAUGAGCAGAUGGAUAAGGGUGGUAACGUUGAGGAGAACUUUCCUUUACUAAACAGAGGUAAGGAAGAAUGUGAUGGUCACCAAGCAGAAGGACAAAUGUACUUUGAUGAGCACAAAGGGAAUAGAGUGUAUUUUGGGGAUGAGGGAGAAAGGCAAAGUCGAAGGCCUAUGUUGGAGCAGAACAUAGAGAUGACAAAGGAAGAUAUUGAGGAGGACACAAGAGGACAAAUAGUGGAAGAGUGCAACAACAGCUCAAUGUCCCCUUUCAAAACUAGGUUUAACAAGACUCUCCGAGGCAAUCAGGAACUCAACCCUAGUGAGGAAAGUAAUGGCAGAGAGUUUAAGAACUCCUUACCUGAAGACGACUAUAGUCCAGAGCUCAAGUGGAGUGAGCACAGGCUGACAAAUGGGAGUGCUCUGCCAAUCUCAGUCCACCACAAGGGUGGAUCUAAAGACUCUUUAGAUAACCACUGUGACUCGGGUUUGUCUGACCUUGAGCCAAAUGCUGACCAACUUCACCACUGUGAAAUCUGCGCUAUGGCCUUUAAUAACACCCAGAGUGUCAAGAUGCAUUACCAAAAUGUGCACCUCAAGGAGAUGCACGUGUGCACACUGGAUGGUUGCACUGCAACCUUCACCUCACGCCGGAGCAGAGACAGACAUAGUGCCAAUUUGAAUCUUCACCAGAAGCUGAUGACCAAAGAUCCCGUCUACGUCAGCAACAACCUCUACCCGACAUCAUUCCACAGCAGAGAGAGCAACUCUGAUGCGAGUCUAGACGACUGCCAGGACCAGUGUGACAGGAAUCUCCCCUCUGUGAUCUGCAGGGGGAAAAAUCGCAUGGGCUUGGUCUACCCCAUGAGCAAAACGCCCACAGCACAAGAAAGCAGUGAUACAUCUCCCAAAGGAGACACACAGGGAUUAAGAGAGGGUGGCGAUGGGACAGUGCUGGACCUGAGCACCUCCUCCUCCUCUGCCCCGCCUCAUUGCAGCAGCAGUGCUCCAUCCUACUGGGACUCGGAUGGAGUUGCUAGUGAGGACGAAGAGGCGGUUGAAGAGGAUGCAGAGGCACUCCCUAUGGAGGACAGUGAUCUCUCAUCCCAUCACAGCUCUGAUGGGAUCAGUGUAGAGAGGCCUGUGGGGGAGCAACCAUCACGUGGGGGAGAGAAGAGCACAGUUUUUGGUGGGGAAGUACAGAUGGGGCUCCAGGGAGGGAGGAGUGCGUCUCCAAUAACCUGCCAAAUGUGCCAAAAGGUCUACAGCAACAAGGGGACAUUCAGGGCCCACUACAAGACAGUCCAUCUCAGGUUGCUUCACAAAUGUAAAGUCCCCGGGUGCGACACUACAUUUUCUUCAGUACGAAGCAGAAACAGGCAUAGUCAGAACCCCAACCUCCACCGGAACCUGCUUGUUAGUGCCGGGGCCACAGCGGACCAGCAACAGGCAGAUUUCAUUUAGUCUACAUUUAGAGAACCUAAAUGAGCACUUUUUCAAUUCCAUAUUUGAGUCAAGAGUACAAGUACAAUCAUCAGUGUACAAAGAAGUGAAAGAGACACGUGUCAGUGAAUGAACUGCAAAUAUAGAUGUUGGACUGUCUUGUAUUUGCUUUGCCUUAUGCUUCACAUAUUUCGAUUCAAAUUGUCCAUCCUUUGUUGUUGUCGUGGUUUUAAUGUUCCAAAGGUGUGACUAAUCAAUCAAGACCAAUCUGUGAAGAAACUUGAAUGUGUGUCAUGUGCUUAUUAAUUUUGUCCACAUCCAAUGUUGCUCUGUUCUGUACUUAGCUUGACUAGUAACUUAAGAACUUGUAAGAUGUUUUGUGAUCUAGAUUGUUCUUUGUGUUUGCUUUCCUAAUUGAUACAUCUUGCAAAUGUUCACCAAAGACGUUGAGACUACUUGGAGAGGAUAAAGACCUCAUCAUAUGAGCAGUGUUGCCAACCCAGCAACAUUGUCACGCGAUAAUGCAAAUUUUGGUUUGGGUCUGAUACCAAAUAAAGAGGGACAGUAUUGCCGAUAACCAUAUUGUUUGUUGAUCAUGAUGACAUUACGAAUACAAAACAGGACAACACUU